AGUACGAUGAAGUGAUCGGACCGCAACAACUCGAGUCCAGUAACCACCCUGGCUUUCGUCCGUCAUACUGGAAUCGCCCGAACGCCCACCUGUCUGCCGUGGGCUUCUACGGGCGGGCCCGCCGAACCCUUCAGCCGUACUCGAUCGUCAUGGGCACGUUCUAUGUCGUCCUAUCGGGGCUGGUGCUGAUUCUGACGUCGGGAACUCUGACAGAGAAGUCGCUUAUGAGUGUGACCCUGCUGCUGAUCUUUGUAUGCGUGUUGCUGGGAGUCAAGGUGAUGGACUCGAGGAUGACUGCCCGAUGGGGAGUGCUGGUUGAUGAGGAGAGUCUUGUGGAAUCUGCAUCAUGAAUCGAAUGCGCAUCAUGAAUCGG